AUGGUUCGAGUCGGGUACUCCGAUGAUGAUGUGUGGCAUGAGCGAGUCGUGUUGCUACCCGGCAAGACCGAGAACUGCUAUUGGAUAGUCACUCCAGACCUAGAUGUUUAUGAAGAAGAUCUGGGAGGAAAUGCGACUGAUGGCCCUGAGAAGGAAGUCACGAAUGACUUCGUCGAGGAGAAGAUCCUUGAGGCAUGGCGGGAACACGAGGCCACACAUGGCGAGGUUCCCGACGUUGAGGGGGAGAUGAUAGUGUUGCCCGACGGCAGCAGCAGGCUCCUCUCUGGAUUGGUGCCUCGACGGCGGCUCCGACUGAAGAGCGGGGCAGGAAAGCUUCAUGUGGGGGCCGCUUCUCAUUCGACAGGCAGCCGGCCUGUGGAUAAGAGUGUGAUCGAAGAGGACUUUGAGACUUGGGUGGUAGUUUAUCAUGCCCAGGGAGACCGUCUUGGAGAGCAGAUCAAGCCGCCGCUAGACACAGCGGUGGUGCCGGCCGGAGGGCAAGCUUUCAAGUUGUUCCCCCAGGAUGGUGGCAUCUUCUUUUUCCAGGGGUGUGCCGCCGCCGAUGCUCCCGCAAUCGGAGUGGUACGCCGCCCAGCGGCCGAUGAACGGGCCGAGAGAGAUAUCAGAGUCCUUCCUGUUUUGUUUGAUGCUGCCGAAGAGAGAUGGCGAUCCUUGGAGGAGGCACUGGCAGAGUUCGAGGAAGUUGACUUUGAAGAUUUCCCGUGA